AUGGCCACCCCAGGCACUCAGUAUAUGAUGCAAGCCGGUCUUGCAGCCGGGAUGUCAGGCACACAGGGCAUGCACUCCCCGUACCCCAAGCUGGUGGACCCACAUCUCAGCGAUCCGGUCAACAUGCUUCCACCCGACCUAACACCCGACUCGAAAAGCCGAAUCGCCCUACGUGGUGUGGACGGUAGGGACGUACUUGUUCCAUACCUCAGUAUCGGCGCAUGGUCAUGGGGCGACAAAGCAACCUUUAACUACAACCCAACACGGGACUUACCGCGCAUCCACGAAGCAUGGGCCAAGCUCAAGUCUGUUGGGUUGACCUUCGUGGACACAGCGCAGUCCUAUGGCGACGGCGAGAGCGAGAGGAUAUGCGGAACCCUGUUCCAGGACAUGCCCCGUGACUCGUUCGUGAUACAAACCAAGUGGCUAUCAACGCCAGACAUGACAAAUACACUCAUGCAGGCUGGUGGGCCUAAGUCUAAGCUUAAAAAUUCCCUUGUGCGUGUCCAACUGGACUACGUCGACAUCUAUCUCGUUCACGGACCUAUCCAUCCCAGCAAGAUAUCCACUGUUGCCACGGGCAUGGCCGACUGUGUGAAAUCCGGGAUGGCACGUGCUGUUGGAGUGGCUAACUAUGACACAAAGGAAAUGAUCAAGAUGGCAGAUGAGCUGUCCAAGCACAACGUCCCGCUCUCUGUCUGCCAGUGCGAAUACUCAAUCGUCCGUCGCUUACCUGAAGUCAGCGGCUUGAUCCGAGAAUGCAAAAAGCGGAAUAUCUGCUUCCAGGGCUUUGCAUCAUUGGCCGAGGGACGCCUUUCCGGUAAAUAUUCACGCUUCAAUGAGCCCCCGCGGAGCCGCCGCUUCAGUAGUUAUCCCAUGCGUAUACUGGGACCUACUAUCAAGGUCUUAAGGAUUAUCGCCCAGGAGCGGGGUGUGCCUGUACCUGCGGUUGCCUUAAAUUAUUCUAUCAAUAAGGGCGUUCUGCCACUGGUUGGAGUGCGGGAUGCUGGUCAAGCGGAACAGGAUAUGCAAGCGCUUGGAUGGCGGCUGACAGAAGAAGAGAUGAGAGAGAUUGAAUCAGUCAGUCUACAGGGUACUAGGUCUUCCUUUAUGCAGCAUGGGUAG